UCCUGGGCACAGAAAUGUAAAAAGCAGUUUUUCUGAAUUUGUAGCUUAUCAGUACCAGUUGGCUUUAGAGAGAUUUGAGUGGAACGAAGUGAAGAAAGUCAAAUCCAUCGUUCCCAUGAUUCACGUAUCCUGGAACGUGGCACGGAACGUCAAAGUCACUGACCCAGACACUUACAAGAUGAUCAAACACUGUCUCCUCCAGUCUAUUAAGCACAUUCAGAUUCUGAGGGACCAGCUAGUGGCAGGAGGAAAGAAGAUUUCCUACCAGAGCAGAGUGAAGGAUGAGCCGGCCUACUACUGUAACGAGUGUGAUGUGGAGGUGUUUAACCUGCUGUUUGUGACCAGUGAGAAUGGCAGUCGGAAGAUGUAUGUGGUGCACUGUGAGGAUUGUGCACGACAACGCAACCCAAACCUCUCCAAUGUAGUAGUGCUGGAGCAAUGCAGCAUGGAGGAGCUCAUGAGCGUGCACGUAUGUUAA